AAGCAGACGAGGCCGAACAUUCAGUCACAAAGAAAAGGAACAGAAAUAAAAUGUCCGAUUCACAUUUCUUCAGGUGUGUUUGCGAGAUUUGACCUGUAAAUCAUCAUCUGACAGCUCGACGCCCCGAAGAGGGAACUGAGAACGAGUCCGACCGGCUCCGCGGCCCAGGACACACACACACACACACACACACACACACACUUCUCAGAUCGCUGCGACACUCACAUGGCUUCAUAUGUUCAGGUGUGAGAAGCUGAAAUGAACUUAGACUCUGGAGGAUGUGGAUCUACAGCUGAACCUUCGACCUUCAGGGUGUUUUUAUUCACCUCUUGGAUGAAAGUGAAGGACGGAUCCAAAAUGUGCACCACAUGAAAACCAAACACAACUAACAGCUUCUCCUUGGUGGAUCGUACCUUCUGUCCUGGACCGGUUGACUGGUGGUGGGUUUUGAACAUGGACGUGGCCCGACCGUCUUCCUUCCUCCUCUUCCUCUGGACCUGAGCGUCGUGGUCAUGACACCGAGGCGGUCUGUGGUUCUGCUGCUGACGACGGUCACGAUGCUGCUGCACGCAGACGUGUGGAUGCUGCGGCCUCCCGACCCCAUCUCCAUGGAGUCCGUGGACAUGAGGCACACACUGAGGUGGCGCCCCCUGCAGCACGCGUGCAACACGUCCGUCCUCUACUCGGUCCAGUUCCAGGGGGAGUUCGAGCUGACGGUCCUGAGCGGCCGGUGGCUCAACGCCCCCGAGUGUCAGCUGAUCCGUCACACUCACUGCGACCUGACCCUUGACCUGGGCUCCGACUCCGACUACAACAUCAGGGUCAGAGGUCAGUGCGGGUCACAGCGCUCAGCCUGGGCCGAGCUCCGCCCACCCUUCAACCGCAGAGACACCGUCCUGACGGUGCCGGAGAUGACGGUGUCUGUGGCGGGCGACGCCCUUCAGGUGUCCUUCCACAAACUUCCUCUCACAGCCGUCGUCAGGGUGACGGUGUGGAAGAAGGGCGACGAGCUCCAGGCUGUGGUCUACUCGAUGCCGGCCGAGCAGGCAGUGCAGCACGUCCCCGCCCUGCAGGAGGGAGCGGUGUACUGCGUCAGAGCUCAGACCAUCCUGGGGACACAGCUCCAGAGCAGCAGCACUGACACCCAGUGUGUUCCCAUCACAGGUCCAGACGCAGCGUGGAAGAGUCCGACCACGGUGACGGUGACGGUCGUCGUCAUGGCCGCUCUCCUGUUCGCCGUGUUCAUGUCCAUCGUUCACUGGCGUCCGGACGUCUGCCAGACGUACUUCCGCAAAGAGCCAAUACCCAACUUCCUGCAGCCGACUGGUUGGGACGUUCAGAGCCCGAUGAGUCAACAGAACCUGGAGGUUUGUGAGCGGAUCGUCGUGGUGCAGAGCGUCGACUCCGACCGCCGGGCGUCCAACACCGACACGCCGUUCCCGCCACAUCCUGAAGAACUGGGCGGUGAACUGCUGCUGCCUCUGGAUUGUGUGGAGUCUUACCACCCUCAGAGACCUUGGGACGUCCCCAGAUAUCUGUCAGACUAAAGGGUCUGAUUCACUGAGACACUGAACAUAGAAGUGUCUUGUGUGAAUGUGACUUUGAUUGUGUAAGAUAUAUUUAUUAUUAUCAUUAUUAUCAUUAUUAUUAUUUUUACGUUUGUAGCUUUUAUCAUCUGUCUUAUUGUACUUUAACUUUUUUUGUAUUUUAUAUUCGUUUCUUCCCAAUUUUUUAAAUUUUUUAUGUAAAGCACUUGAAUUGUCUUGUUGUUGAAUCGUACUUUAUGAAAUAAACUUGUGUUCCCUUUAA